AUGUCCGCAAAUUUUGGUAGUGCAGCUGCUGAUCUAGAGUAUGUCUCACAGAUCGGCAUUGUUCAUAAUCCUCCGGGCAAUCCUAUAAUCGACGUGCGAUUAGUGGAUUCUGGUUCUCAUCGUGAUAAAAGGAUAUCAUCAAUGUCACUGGAGUCCUCUUCGUGCAUGCAUGUUCCAGGUAGAGAGAGUGGAGCCGAAGCUGGCGGAGAGAAGCAGGAUGUGGUCUCGUGGAGCGAUAUCAUUGGUGUAAUAGGUCGUGAACUCUUCAUCGAUUGCCUCGUUCGUCUGUCCAGGUGGGACUAUGGCUCCAUUGCCUCCCUGAACCAUGACUUCAAUUCGGUGGUUCGCAACGGGGACAUCUACCGCCAGAGACGAAAGAAUGGGGUGGCAGAGCACUGGGUCUACUUCUCUUGCUCAAUUAUGGAGUGGCACGCUUAUGACCCGUACAGAGGGCGCUGGAUCCAGGUGCCCAACAUGCCUCCACUUGAAAGAUUCUUGGUCUCUCACAAGGAUUCGCUUGCUGUAGGAACCGAGCUGCUGGUGUUUGGGACAGAAAAGAUUGUUUUGAGAUAUAACAUCCUAACCAAUUCAUGGAUGUAUCCGGAAGAUGGGAUGAACACGCCACGGUGCUUGUUUGGGUCAACAAGUGUCGGCGAAAAGGCGUAUGUCGCAGGAGGCACUGAUUUUUCUGGAAGAAUAUUGAGCUCCACAGAGAUGUAUGACUCCGAGACGCAUACGUGGAGAACCCUUCCAAGCAUUAAUAGGGCUAGGAAAUUGUGUUCAGGGGCGUUCAUGGACGGCAAGUUUUAUGUGAUCGGUGGUGUUGCAAAUAACAGCCAGCUAUUGACAUGCGGUGAGGAAUAUGAUUUGAACCGGCAGUCAUGGAGGGUCAUCGACAGCAUGUCCGAGGGACUCAACAUAAAUGGAAACGGUGCUCCUCCGCUCAUUGCAGUUGUCAACAAUGAGCUGUAUGCUGCUGAUUACCGUGAGAAUGGUUUGAAGCGGUAUGAUAAGCUUAACAAUGAGUGGACCAGUCUUGGAAAUUUGCCUGCACAUCGUCCGUCAAUGAAUGGCUGGGGCAUUGGUUUCCAAUCGUGUGGUGACCGGCUGAUUUUCAUCGGAGGUCAGAGGACUUCUGUUGGCAGCAUGGUUGAGCUUUUUUCAUGGAUCCCGGAUGAGCAACCGCCUGUGUGGAAUUUGGUUGCAACACGGCCAGCAAGACACUUCGUGUAUAACUGUGCCGUGAUGGGUUGCUGA